AAUAAUAAUGGAUGAUCUUCGAAAAGCAAAUAAACGCAAUAAAAAUAUGCUCAAUUUAUUUCGACAGAGUGUUACGGAUAUUCGUCUUGGAAACGACAUUUUACUACCAGAAUCUCUGAAGAAAGAAGUGCAAAGAACAUGGCAUCAAAAGUAUUCUUAAUUAAUAUAUAUUUGCAAAUUAAUGUACCGUUAAAAAGACACUGAUGUUGAAUUCUAGAUAUGAUGCUUUAUUAAUGCAGAACGAACAAUUAAAACAAGAACUCAAUUCCCAGAAUUCUUUUCUUAAAGAAAAAACAUACGAGAUCAAUAAUCUUCAACAAAGAUUAUUAACGCUUGGUGAAAGACUUGUCGAACGAAACGAAGCUGUAGAAAAUAUUUGUAAAAAAUACUUGUUCUUGAAAAAGAGGAAGGAUGAACAAGAAAUUUUGUUACGUGGUUCUAUCAAAACAUUGCAGGUUUAAAUAAUUGAAAGAAUAGAUAUUAAAUAGAAAAUAUUCAUUUGUAACUGCAGAAUAAUUAUAUAUUAGGAUGCAUUGAAAAAAGCAAGAAGUGAAGGUUUGAAAAAAAAUUCUGGAAUAUCUAUGAUGCCUAACAAAGAUGCAUUAUUAGCUCAAGAAACUCGACGUAAUGAUCGUUUAGCUCGUGAAAAUUCUUUUUUAAGAAUUCUUCUUCAGAAAGCUAGACAUGGAUCCAAAACAAGUGAAAAUAGCAGCAUUAUUUCUUUCGAGUAAUUGACUUUAUUUAAGAUUUGCAGAAUUUUAGCCGGUUAAGAAGAAGAUCGUAUAGGUCAUGUCUGCUAAUACAAGGGCAAUGUUUAAGAAUAUCAGAAUUAUGCAACUAAAGGUAAUAACCGGAUAAAAGAGUUAUGUUAAAUCAAGUUAACGACGAUCGAUGGCAAGUGCUUCCCUAUAAAAGCAACGAUUCUAUUCAGACUAGUCUUACUUGGUGCUGACCAGCACUAAGAAAAUUCAGGAUAAUUUGAUCGUUAUUAAUCAUCAUGUAUGAUCAAUAUGUAUGAUUAAAAAUAGAAGGAAUUUAAAUAUUUCUCAACUUUGAAUCAAAAGAAUCAAAAGAAUCAACAAAUGUAAAGUUAAUAAAACGUCAUGUCGGAAGUAUAUCAAACAUUUUUCGCAUUUUAUACUUUUCUUUUCUCUCCAUUGGUUAUUCUAUUAUUAAUAUGUUCGUACCUAUGUCGCUGUAUCAUAGAGAUCAUUUUAAGGAUACAAUUAAAGGAUAAAUUCGUGGGUCUCCUUGAUGGGAUGGACUGCGUUUGGGCGAUAGAACAAUCAUCGGCACUUUCUGUGAAUAAUAUCCUUAUGAUUUUAGAAAAAGAUGCUCGUCACUCGAACAUCAACUUCCUGGAGAGUUUUCGUGAUAUGGUGAAGAAUCGUAUAGUAUGUUCGUCUUUUGAAAAGCUAUUGUAUAAAAGAAAGAGAAAAUUUGGUUAUUAUUUCUGGGAAAGAAGUGAAGAGAUAGAUCUGAGAGAACGUAUCAGAUGGUUGGAAUACGAGCGCACGAAUUGCGACGGAUCCUGUGAUAAUAUUUACAAUAGUCAUCUGAAAAAAGUUCUAUGGAAUAUUUGCAAUCAGCCUUUACCGGAGAAUCACACAGCAUCCUGGGAGAUUUUAAUUGGAAAAUGUUGUCCCAGAUUGAGUCAUCAUUAUCUUCGACGAAUGGAGGAACGUUUGACGAAUAAAAUCAAGAUUCCCAUUUUAUUUCGUGUCCAUCAUUCCUUAGGCGAUGGUAUGGCUCUUCUAAAGUUCUUUAGAGAUGUUAUUAUUGAUAAGGAACCAGUUCUGGAAACAUUCUUGCAGUUGGAUAGCAGUUUGAAAAUGAAAAGCGAGAAAACAAAAAAACAAAAUGUAAUAGUAUCUUUGAUAAAUCCUGUGAAUGGAGAAAAUAGUUUGGACAAUAAUUCGUUUCAAAAGAAAAUCAUGUCGGCGUCGAUGCCAUUUAUUCAUUUUACGAUGUUCUCAUAUUUUUUUCUAUUAUUAUGGAAACAUUUUAAUACAUGGUUGAAAUAUUUACAAAAUGUUACUUUAAAAGAUUUGAAAUGCGAAAUGCAAAUAUUUCUAAGUACAGAACAAGAUAGAUUAAAAGUUUUUUUCUCGGAAAUAAUUUGUAAAAAGAUACAGAAAGGUUUAAAAAUGGCGAAAAUUAUUAUAAAUCUUCCUGGUUGCCUGAUUCAACAAGCUUUUCGUAGCAUGGACAAAAGCGCACUCCAUGGAGCAGAAUUAUCAGGCGAAAAGUUUGUUUCUUACUGGCUUGAAGACGAUUUCAAAAAUGCCUGCAAUCAAAAAUUGUUUACAAAAAUACAAAAUAUAAGAAGUAUCACUGGUGCUAGAUUUGGAGAUGUAUUAUUAGCUGCUUUAUCAGUUAGUCUACACAAAUAUUUUCUUAAUAUAAAUGAAUUCGUUCCAACAAAAUUAAGCGUUGUUUUGCCGAUGAAAAUCGAAGAAUGGAGCGAGAAUUUUCCUCUGCAAAAUAAUAUUUCAGUUGGUAUACUGCCUCUCUGCAUUUCACAAAUAAAGGGUAAACAGCUUGCAGAUCCACGCGAGAAUUCUCAAAUUCUAGAACGCCUUGAAGAUAUUAGAAAAGCGAAUGAUGUGCUUAGAAAAAGUCCAGAUUACACGGUGAAUUUCUUAGUAAUGAAGUAUCUCUCAGCUAUGUUACCCGACAAAUUUUUACGACCAAUCUUAAAAAGUCAUAGCACUAUGGUGUUUAGUAAUUUAGUUGGUCCUCAAGAAGUAAAACUUUUGGGACAUCCUUUAAAAAAUAUUGUUUUUUGGAUACCAAACAGAAGUUAUACAGGAAUUGGAUGUUCGUUAUUAACAUAUCGAGGUUAUCUGCAUUUAUCUUUGAUUGCCGAUAAAGCUUUAAUACAAAGCGAAAAGGCUCUUACCAAAAUUUUAGAAAACACGGUAAAUGAAAUCGACAAUCUUUAUGAUAGAUUAACUUUGUCAUUUUUUUCGAAGAAACUUCAUAGAAGUAUAUCAACACCUACGAAGAAAGAAAUAGAUAAGGCCAAAAAACAAUAUCAAAAAGAGUGUUAAAAAAGGAAAAACUUGUUCGUCGACGAUGAGAAAUUUUCGGAGUUGUGUGUAUUAUCGAACUUGCUUUAAUACGUUGAUUCAGAAUAUUCUUCGAUUUAUAUCGAAUUUUUUUUCCUUUUUUACUGCAAUCAGAUGAAACCAUAUCUUCCAUAUCUUCGGUACUUGUAUAAACAUACUUUCGAUGUUUCAACGACCUGUUGAUAAUCAUGUGCAAUCAUUAUAAUAUUCAUUUACUCUUACAGUUUCAAGUAAAUAUUAUCUCAACCAUUUUUUCUUUCUAAUUUCUUCCGGAGAUGAACUCUUUAAAUCGCUGUCAUCUUCUUGUCGAAUGCUCAAAGGCAGAGUUUGUUCGGUACAUGAUCUACAAGGACAGUUUAGUUUCAAACUUCGUAAGAUCGUUAAAACACGGGGAUCAUCGAUGCUGCUAAAAAGAGGGGAUUCGUCGGUCGACGUCAUUCCAUGACACUCUUCAUCCGCCUCUAACGUCGAAGUCUCAUCUUUGUUCCAAACUAUUCUGAAUAAAAUGCAAUGCUCCUGAGUA